CCGUCUCUUCGCUUUCUCUUUCACUGUCCCCAACUCCCGACCGUGGCUCUGUCCCGUCUCCUUCUCCUUUUCUUUUUGAGAUUUUUUUGAAAACUAGUCGUCAUUUCAUUGGUCGGAAUCGGAAUCGAUCUUGGAGUCAGCUUGCGGCUAAAGUUCUCUGAUCUGAGACGAAUCAUUUCGCAUGCUUCUUGAAUUUCGGUGGAUUUUUGGAAAGCGAAAGCGAAAGCUACUUUUCGGCUGUUGCUGUUGAAAUCAGUUCCAGCUUAAUUUUCUGAUCGGAAAACGGAUCAUUUCGUGUUCUUCUUGAUCUUUAGUCGAAUGUUCGAAAAGCACACUUUGAACUUUGAACUGUUUAGUGUCUCAGAUUUAUCUGUUUGUGUUCCUGAUAUUUAGAUUUUUUGAAUCUUGAUGAGUUUCGAAGAACAUGAUUUUGUACUUCCUUUUGCAGAGUUUUGUGUAGAAUUUGAAGGUUGAAGUCUCUGAAGAGACAGUUUUCAGAUCCUAAAUCUGAAGUUUGGAGAUCGUUUUGAGCUUGCUGCGGAGCUCUUUGCCUAGACUGAACUGAAUCCUUUUGUUUUUCGUUAUCAACUUAUUUCGCCUGGUAGUGUUAAUCUACCAUGGCGAUUGACAUAAGCUCUCUUUUUGCAAAGGCCGGGGCCCUCUUAGCCUCUGAUCAUACUUCGGUAGUGUCCAUGAACUUGUUUGUUGCGCUUCUUUGUGCUUGUAUAGUGAUUGGUCAUCUCUUGGAGGAGAACCGAUGGAUAAAUGAGUCAAUUACAGCCCUCGCUAUUGGCUUGUGCACUGGAAUUGUAAUUUUGCUAACCACUGGAGGGAAAAGUUCUCAUUUAUUAGUAUUCAGUGAAGAACUGUUCUUUAUAUAUCUGCUUCCACCCAUCAUCUUCAAUGCAGGAGCUCUCUACCUGAGGUUAAGCCACGUCUUCUAAAGGGAGACCUCCAAGAAAAGUAACCUUCAAAUGUUGCCAAAUCUCAAGUUUGUGUUUUGAAUUAGCAUGAACUGAAUGGUAUUUUUUUUCAAGUUUUUGGAUGUGGGACUUUAUUUAUAUUUGCUUUUUCUUACUGUAUAUAUUUAGAUAAUGAAAUUAAAAUAUUGGAAGUAGACAGACAUUGAUCCUUGUUGAUGUUUCUGUCAAAGCAGAUUCCAGGUGAAGAAGAAGCAGUUUUUCCACAACUUUAUGACUAUCGUGCUGUUUGGUGCAGUUGGUACUCUAAUAUCCUUUAUCAUCAUCUCAUUAGGUGCUAUGCAAUUUUUCAAGAAAAUGAAUAUUGGUCCCCUGACAAUAGGGGAUUAUCUUGCAAUUGGGGCCAUCUUUUCUGCAACAGAUUCUGUUUGCACUCUGCAAGUGCUUAAUCAGGACGAGACACCCUUAUUAUACAGUUUGGUUUUUGGAGAAGGUGUUGUCAAUGAUGCCACGUCGGUGGUGCUUUUCAAUGCAAUCCAGAGCUUUGACCUCUCUCAUAUCAACUCAGGCAUUGCUUUGCAAUUAGUUGGAAACUUUUUGUACUUGUUCAUUUCAAGUACCAUGCUUGGCGUCUUGGCUGGACUGCUUAGUGCAUACAUCAUCAAAAAGCUCUAUUUUGGAAGGCACUCAACUGAUCGUGAGGUUGCCCUUAUGAUCCUGAUGGCCUAUUUCUCAUAUAUGCUGGCUGAGUUAUUCUAUUUGAGUGGCAUUCUCACUGUAUUCUUCUGUGGAAUAGUUAUGUCUCAUUACACAUGGCAUAACGUGACAGAAAGCUCAAGAGUGACAACUAAGCAUGCUUUUGCCACACUGUCAUUUGUGGCAGAGAUCUUUAUCUUCCUUUAUGUUGGCAUGGAUGCUUUAGACAUAGAGAAGUGGAGGGUUGUAAGUGAUAGCCUUGGAAAAUCAGUUGGCGUGAGUGCAGUUCUAUUAGGACUUAUUCUUCUUGGAAGAGCAGCCUUUGUCUUCCCCCUUUCCUUUUUAUCCAACUUGACCAAGAAAUCUUCAUACGAGAAAGUUGAUUGGAAGCAACAAGUUACCAUUUGGUGGGCUGGUCUUAUGCGUGGUGCUGUUUCUAUGGCACUUGCUUAUAAUCAGUUUACCAGCUCAGGUGGCUUUACUCAGUUGCGGGAGAAUGCCUUGAUGAUCACGAGCACCAUUACGGUGGUUCUUUUCAGCACAGUGGCUUUUGGGUUAAUGACUAAACCAUUAGUGAGAAUCCUGCUUCCUUCAUCAAAACAACUGACCAGAAUGAUUUCUUCGGAACCGUCCAGUCCUAAAUCACUUAUUCUGCCAUUUCUUAACAACGAGACAGAGAGCGAAACCAGCCAGCAAGGCAACACAAGCAUCCCCCGCCCCACCAGCUUAAGAAUGCUUUUGAGCGCUCCAUCUCACACUGUCCAUUACUACUGGAGAAAAUUCGAUAAUGCUUUCAUGCGACCUGUAUUUGGUGGCAGGGGUUUUACACCCUUUGUUCCCGGCUCACCCACUGAACGAACCGAGCAUCAAUGGCAAUGAAAAGUAGCUAUGAAGGGGAGUAUAUACGCCUGUACUAAGUUAUGAAGGUGUAGGUAGGGCAGCAACUGGCUUUGAGUGUGAAAUUUGUUGUUAACAUUCCAAGCUUCAGGGUUGGCUUGUUUCAUCAAUUUCGUCCAGCACGGAUAGCUGCCAUUCUUGUCUUUUUCUUCUGGUGGCUCUCAAAUUUGCAAGUCUAUACAUGAAUAUACCAUACCAUAAAGUGGGUAUGUAAGGUUUGCUAUUUUUUCAAAUUUGGCUUUUAUGGUAGGUUUUCUCUGUUGGUUGACCGAAUGAUUCCUCCUGGAUCUGUACCCUCGAAUUUUGAUCGAUUGAAUAAUAUGUUGUUGUGUAUUAUUACAGCGAAAAUAAAUUUCUCAUGAAAUG